GGGGAGAGAGAGAGAGAGAAAGAGAAGGCAAGAUGAGAAACGGAGAGGUGCACACGGACAGAAAGCACCUACGACGCCAGCGGGUUAUAAUGGAAAGCGUUCAAUAGAGGAUAUCCGCUGUGGUGAUCCGAAAUGCUCCGUUUCCCGCAGAGGAGGGAUGUGACAAGGCAUCUGAACAGGACGGGAGAUGAGAUUCACACUGUGUCGGAGACCCUCUCCUUCCUGUGAUCUCAAACAGUCCGCCUGUGAGCGGCGGACGGGACACGGGGCGCACGCCUCACAGCCGCUCCACCUCAACUGUGGAUUGAAGAAAAUUCAUUAUUUCGGUCUUCUUUAAACCCGACGGAGCUCUGUGGGUCUCCGAGGGAAAGGGGGGUCUUCAGCAUGAGGGCUGUUUCAGCAAACUUGUUCGCUCUUCUUUUCCUGUGCGCCCUUGCGAGUGUUUUCUACGUCUGGAGCGCACUGGAGAACCGUUUGGAGCGACACAAACGGAGGUUCUCAACACCGGGCGGAGGGUCUUUUCACCAAGGUCUCCCAGCGGACCUAUCCGCCAAAACUUUCCGGGCAUUGCUCGCUGUCCCGUCGGCACAAAGACCGCACUUGGGGGGCAGACUUGAGGCUCGCAACCUCAGUGAUCAAACUGCCUCUGCAGGAAAUCGAGAUUACCAUGAGAAUGGGGAUAACAAGAGGUCAGCGCUGCGGGAGGGCCCGGUCAAGUUGGGCUCCCCGGUGGAGGAUGGGAUAUUUUGGAGUGAUUGGCUGGAAGAUCUCCUCCCUGUGGGCUUCACGGAGGAAUAUGCUCGGGCUUGGCGAGAGAGAGCCAGGACACACAGGAUAGUGAAGCUGGAGCCUGGAUGCGGGAGGAUAUCUAAUCAGCUCGCCACUUUUGCAGAUGGGACCAAAGCGUGUGUGCGUUACGGGAUAAACGCGGAUCAGGUGCAAGGGGAAACUUUGACGUAUUACCUUGCCAGUUUGCUUGGCAUCACAAACCUGCCUCCUCUCAUACUGUCCCAGCUGAACAGUGACAGUGAACAAUGGGCGGCUGUGAGGUCGCGGAUAGGUGGUUUACAGUGGAGUGAUCGAGCCGUGGUGUCUCUCACCGAGUGGGUCUCCAACCUGACCGGGGUGGUCACACCUGCGCCGCUCCGACAGGAGAGCAGCGGGCUGCAUCCUGUGCUCGUGGCGCUCUGGAACAAGACGACGGCGGAGCUGCUGGAGCUCAUGCAGUGGACCGACCUGAUCAUCUUCGACUACCUGACUGCAAACUUCGACAGACUCGUCAGCAAUCUGUUCAGCCUGCAGUGGGACUCGCGCGUAAUGGAAAGGGACACCAACAACCUCCUCAAAACACCCAGCGGUGACCUUGUUUUCAUAGACAACGAGGCAGGACUCGUGCACGGCUUUCGGGUGUUAAACAUGUGGGAGAAAUAUCACAAUACAGUGCUGAGCUCCGUGUGUGUGUUCAGAAAAAGGACCAUGCAGCGCGUGGCGGAGCUGCACAGGCGCAGAGACGCCAGAAAAAGGCUGCUGGAGCUCUACAGAGACAGCGAGCCUUUGUCUCUGGAAUUAGGAUUUCUCUCAGACGAGCACGCCGGUGUUCUCCAGGACAGGAUAGACAGAUUAUACAAACACAUUUUGCAUUGCAAAGGGAAGUACAGCCAGCUGUGAACAUUCACAGGUGAUGGAUUUGUUGUCUGCACGGUGUAACCAGCUCUGCAAACGCGAUUGGCACACCUGUGCUAAACUGAUGCGCAUUACACAAAACUGUCUUGAAUAUCCAGCUGAACUACCUCUUGUGAAUAGAAUGUGUUGCCUACUUUAUAAAUAAGUACAUUUGACACAUGUUUAUAAUCUCCCUGCUGAGAUUUCCACUGUAUGCCUCACAGAGAGGAAUGAUUAAGGCCAGUAUCCCGUCUUAACUUCACCCUACUGAAGCUCACCCUGAAAAGGAUUCAAUGUAAAGAAUAGGCUAUAGGGGAUCAUAACGCAGCCCUUCAUGUGUGUUUGGAUACUUGCCUUGUGUUCAACAAUCCUAACGAUAAAGUCCUAAGCCUUAACAUUUAUCGAGUCUUGAAUACUGUGUUUCUGUUGACAUUUGGCCCGCUUUUUAUAGGAAAUCAUUUGCACAGUACCUUGUCAUAGCAGCACCUGCACUCCUGUAAUUGUGUUUGGAUUGCAUAUUCAGCCUUAAAGUCAGACUGUGUAUCAUGUUGUAAAUGCAUUGUAAAUAUUGUCUGACGACCUGUUUUGGGAAUUUGAUGCUCCACUAAUUUAACGUGCAUUGUAACAUUCCAAAAUCUCUUGUCCUUUUUGAUAAAUACACUGUAAUUUAAUUUGACUGUUGUCGGACUAAUGUGUUUUGUAUGCAGUUUCCGCUUAACUGCCAUAUUAGAGCGCAUCAAAUAUUUACUUACGAGUCUGCCUCUGCACCUCCUGCCUCUG